CUUUCGCAGUAUUGCUUCCCUCUUCUCGGCUGCCUGCUCUCGGGGCUGUCGCCGUCGCAGCUCCGGUGUACAGACACCCGAGGUGUUCAGAAGGGGAUGAUGAACCCGCUGAGAGAGUGCGGGCGGCCAAAGGAAUGUGUUCCCGUGUAAAUGACCUGUUCCCGGUCACUUCUUCAGAAUUAAGUGCUUGAAGGGCUCGCAUCGUGAAGCAGAAAAAGGAUCGCAGUCCGCUGUGGGCAGAACGGUGGCGUGUCACCGCCCUCCUGUCACGAUACGUCUUGUCCUGGGGGUUCCGCGGGAUCCUGGGCAUUCCGUGAAAAAGGUAAAAACUGCGACACUGCGCAUGCUUACUUGAUGCCUUUCUCGUCAAUGACCUUGGAAACGAAUCGAUUUGGUCCGUGCAGGCCUCUUUCCCGUUUAAAAGUCCGUCUGCCACGCCGUAUACGGCGACCUUGAGAUGCUGCGAGUCCUGCCCCGUGUGUGUGCUUGGGUGUAUGCACACCUGGGUUUCGCGUAGUGGACUGCCGUCCAUGUCAAGGACCUGAGAGGUUUGAAUUAUUUGGCUACCAACGUGCCAGCUGUGCCUAUGCUGCAUGCGCUUCUUCCUUCCACCGCGAAAAUGCAGUUUCCUCUUAGAAGGCGUCACACCGAUGACGAGCCUCUACCCCUGCCGUCAAGUUUUUCAGACCAAGCAAGUUUUCCGUAUCCGCCAGACUCUCUCCUGCCGAUCUGUGCCGCCGGUCGAGCCUCUUCAUUCUCUUCCUCUUCUGUUGCUUCUUCUCAAGUUACCUCCUCCCACCAGACCCUGAAGCGCUCUGCACCAGUCGCUUGUGAAGGCAGGCGCAGGUCUGCUGCCGGGUGGCGUUCGUCUCCUCGGUCGUCUUUUUCGUCUCUCGGCAGCGAGGGCGUGGGAGGCUUGACGGAGAAUCAAGUUGUGAGUUUAUCUUUUCUGAAGAACAGGAGUUUUGCGGGACCCCCUACUGCGUCUUCUGGCUUCGGCGCUGCCGGGGGGCCUUUGGAAGAGGAGGCCUCGAAUGCGCAGUCUCCCAAGAGAAGGCGAAGCGGACACAGUGAGAGUGACGGCAGUCGUCCAAAGAGAAGAAAAGAGACACGCAGUCACGAGUCUUCGCCUCAGGCUCUGUCCUCUUGUUUUUCCAUCCCUUCAAUCCCCGGAAAGGAGAGGACGGAUGCCGUUUUAACGCUGCCUUCACCGGCUGUUGCAUCGCCUGUUUCGCGGUCUGCCUUGCCUUCGUCUUUUCUCCCGCUGAAAGAAGCAGGAGAGAAGACUUCUCGCCAAUGUCUCCCUGUGUCUGUCGCCCCUGAAGAAGCUUCCCCGUCGGCUCUAGAGGGACCUCAUUCGCUUGUCGCGACCUCCCCCCGUUCCUCUUCACGAUGGCCGGUCUCUCCUCUUUCUCGUUGUCUUUCGUUUUCUCCGCGGUACUCCAACUUCCCUGCGUUGUCUCCGCUGAUUGCUCGACGUGGGCGCCCCGGCGCCGCCGAGUCUUUACGAGAGGAAGCAGCUGAUAUCUCCGGCUUCCCUUCUCGUUCCGGUUCUCUUGACCCGUCGCGACCCACCACAGAAACAGUGUCGAAGUCUGCGAAAGAAGAGACAAAGCCUCUCCCUCCCACCUGUGCAGUGUCCUCUCCUCGAUCGCCUCCGUUUUCCUCGUCCUCUUCUGCAUCUUCCUCUUCUCCGUCUUCCUCGUUUCCUUCUUCCGAAUCGUGCUCUUCCUCUUCAGGCCGUGUGGACAAGUGCGGGACCUGCGGGUGCAGAAUUCUUUUUCCUUCGCUGGAGGUUGCUCUUGAGAGGCAGCGAAGGACGCCCCGGAAGGCCAGAAGAUGCAUGGAGAGAGAAGCAGUGACAGGAGAGCGCGGCGCUGAAGAAGAGGCGGAAAAGAGUCGCGGGUCAGACGAGGAAAAUGGAGCGCGAAAUGGACUCGAAGCGAAAGGUUUUGGGAGACAGAAGAGAGAGAAGUCCCGGGAAAGAGAUACUUGUUCGGCGGAACCAGAUCCGCGGCUGCAGUGCAACGCGUGUCGAAGUCGGGUGUACAUACAGUCCUUCUUCGAUGACCUGCGCCUCCUGGCCACCGGGUUCCAUUCAGAUCUUCGCAGCCUGACGCGUGCAGUCGCGUUUUCUCCACAAAAAAAAACUUUUCUCUUAAACGAAACAGAGAGAAGUUCAGCGCCAGGCCGCCUCGGAGCCGAACAAAGGACGACCCAGUCUCUGUUUGCUACCUCUGUCUCCUCGUCGCCUUCCUGUCGGUGUCCUAUCUGCACGUCGUUCCUUUCUCUGUACUCAGAGGACCGGAGAGCGGUUUUCUGCAGAGAGCAACGUCCGGGGCACGAGCGCAAAGGCGCAGGUGGGGGAGCAGGAGAUAAAGAAGAAAGAGAAGGCGAAAAGGAAGGAGGGAAGGAAGAAGGACUAGUGGAAAAACCAGAUUCAGUUAUUCGAGGAGACGCCGUCUUGACACCUGUGAGGCCCAAGUCUCUCCAGUGUCUCCUUCGCGCAGCUGGGCGCCAGUGCUGUCAUCUUCAAGAGCAGGUGGAGCGUCUUUCUUCCGAGGACCAGGCAUUCAGCGAGAGAGAACAAGCUGACUUGAUGAGGUCAGAAGACGGAGAGAAAGAAGAGUCGACAAACGUGACUCUCCAGAGGUUUCGGGGAUUUCUUGAAGCCCUCCACGUCGCUAACGAAACGAAACUCGAACACCUUCUGCAAGUCCUUGCGAAGAAGGGAGGAAAUGCAGCUCUCGCUCUCUCAGACAGAUUCGAAGAUCUCCGGACUUCCUUGCCAGGUUUCCAUAGCUCCGCCGUCCUUCUCCUUGCACCCGCGUCUCGGGGUGUCGCCCCGUCUGUCGGAUUUUCUCAGGUGUCGGAAGUGCGUGAGUCUUCGAUGACAAAAAAGUUCUUGGAUGCCUCAAACGUCUCGUUGCCUUCUCCCGUCUCUGCCUCUGCCGGAGAAGCCGUUUCUUCUGGUCUGAGCCUCGUCCCGUCCGCGUCGGCAGGCGUUUCUUGUCUUGAGAAGGAGGGGGCGUCACCCGGCGCUCCUUGCGCGUCUUCGGUUCCCCGGCUGUGGAGGACACCUGCACAGGCAGGAGCGGAUUCUUCUAUCGAAGACAGUUCUUCUUCUCGCGACUCUCUGCUUCCCAGAGAGAACUGUGCAGCGAACAAACAGCGUUCGGCGGAAGACGGAGGGGCGCGGAAGAGAGACUCGGCAAGUCACUCCCCACGCACUCUGCUCAAGCGUCUCGGACUCUCUGAGGCAACUCUCCGCAUGCUGGAUCCUCUGUCAAAGCAAGGGAGGGAUCAAAAACGAUCAAACGCAAACUGCGUCUGACUUCUUUUCUCCAGUCGCGUUUCUCCUUCGCGGCGACAACUGGCACAAACACCCACUUCUGAACGCGGGGGGCGCGGAUACACGUCGAAACGCAGGCCGCUCCGACACUGUGCACGCGGACAGUCGGAUACUUGGCGGGCAUAUCUCCAUACAAGUAUAUGCAUACAC